AUGUCUGGGGCGCUCGGCAGACACAAGGCAUCGCGACUGAGCGGGGAGGGUGGAUGGCCGGGGCAGAGCUCCGACUCGGCGCGUGCGUGGGCUGUCACCGUCAGGCGGGACGGGGUGGCAGGCCGCAAGGAUGCCCGGAGCUCCGCCGGGAGGGAGAGCUACUCCUUGCGGUUAAGGCGCUUCUUCCCGGUUCGGUCCCACGUCGGGCUCCCGACGGGAGCCGCGCUCCUCCGCCUCGCCCUGACCUCCAGGCCCGGCCUCCAGAAAUUCUCGGGAUCCCUGGCAGGGGCCGGAUCAGGGAGGGUCGAAGGCCCUCCCCCGCCGCGCGGAGGGAUGCGCCGGGCUCUCCUCGCCCGCUCCCUCGGGCCUCCUCCCGCCCUUUCUGAAGGGCGACGCACAAAGUCACGCUCCCCGCUCCGGCCGGAGGAGGGGCCCCGGGGCUGCUCCCGGCCCGUCCACCUGCCCCCUGCUGGGAGGGGCACUCCCCCCACCCGGGGCGCCAGACCCUGCCCCCACCCGGCCUUCUCUCGCCGUCGGAGCGGGAAAGCCCCCGGAGAGGGAAGCGGGGGGCGGGGAGGAGGGGUCCCGACUCGCAGGCGCCGGGCGCGGGGUCGCCCGGCCGAGCCGGUCCCUUCCCCCCUCUGCCGCCAGGGGCCCCGCGCUCCGGCGGCCGGAGGGGGCCGGGCUACGGGAGCGCUCCCCCAGACCCACCGGGCCGGCCAACGCGCAGCGGCGGCGGCAAACUGGGGCUCACCCCCAACCCGCGGGUCCGCGCGGCCGAGGCGAGGGCCCGCGGCCGGGCGUUUCGGGAAGGAAAUUUACCGGGUCCGUGGCCGGCAAUCUCUUGGGCCAGGCAGCUCCGGUGAACUCGCCGCUCCGGGUUCUCUCGGCGUCGUGGCGUCACAAUGGGUCGCGUCGGAGGCCCGCCCUCCUCCCGCUCCGAGAGAUGGGCGGGAAGGGGGCGAAAUCGGGGGGCAGGCCCGGGGCCGCGCUGGUGUGCCCUCCUCCCGGCCAGUCCCUGAGGGGCGGCUCCUCGCCCCAGGUCCCGAUUUCCCCGGGACCCCCAGGGUCAUCCCCUUCCCCGGGACCCCCGGGGUCGUCCCCUUCCCCCGGGACCCCGCAGGGUCGUCCCCUUCCCCCGGGACCCCGCAGGGUCGUCCCCUUCCCCAGGGACCCCGCAGCGUCGUCCCCUUCCCCAGGGACCCCGCAGGGUCGUCCCCUUCCCCAGGACCCCCGGCGUGUCCCCCUUCCCCGGGACCCCACGCGUCCCUUCCCCAGGGGACCCCGGCGUCGUCCUUCCCCGGGACCCCCGCGGGUCGUCCCUUCCCCGGGACCCCGCGGCGUCUCCCCCCCCGGGGACCCCGGGGGGUCCCCCCCGGGACCCCGGGGCUCCCUUCCCCAGGGGACCCCCCGGCUGUCCCUUCCCCGGGGGACCCCCCGCGUCAUCCCUUCCCCAGGGGCGCGGGGUCUCCCCCUUCCCGGGACCCCCGGCGUUCCCUUCUCCCGGGGCCCCCGCGUCUCCCUUCCCCCGGGACCCCCACCCCCUUCCCCCCGGGACCCCGGGCGUCAUUUCCCCCGGGACCCCGGCGUCUCCCUUCCCCGGGGACCCCGGGGUCCCCCUUCCCCAGGGGACCCCGGCUCCCCCCCCCGGGGCCCCCGGGGCGGGCCCCCUUCCCCGGGGACCCCCGGCGUCGUCCCUUCCCCGGGACCCGGGGUCAUCCCUUCCCCCGGGCCCCGGGCGUUCCCUUCCCCCGGGACCCCGCGUCUCCCCUUCCCCAGGGACCCCGCAGCGUCAUCCCUUCCCGGGACCCGCAGGGUCAUCCCCUUCCCCAGGGACCCCGCAGCGUCAUCCCCUUCCCCAGGGACCCCGCAGGGUCAUCCCCUUCCCCAGGGACCCCGCAGGGUCAUCCCCUUCCCCCGGGACCCCGCAGCGUCAUCCCCUUCCCCCGGGACCCUGCAGGGUCAUCCCUUCCCCAGGGACCCGCAGGCGUCCAUCCCUUCCCCGGGACCCCGCGCGUCAUCCCCUUCCCCAGGGACCCCGUGAGGGUCAUCCCUUCCCCAGGGACCCGCGCGUCAUCCCUUCCCCAGGGACCCGCGGGUCAUCCCCUUCCCCAGGGACCCCGCAGGUCAUCCCUUCCCCAGGGACCCGCAGAGGUCAUCCCCUUCCCAGGGACCCAGGUCAUCCCCUUCCCCAGGGACCCCCAGGCGUCAUCCCUUCCCCAGGGACCCCGGGUCAUCCCUUCCCGGGACCCCAGGGUCGUUCCCAGGGAGAGUCCCUUCCCCAGGGACCCGCAGGCGUCAUCCCCUUCCCCAGGGACCCCUGAGGUCAUCCCUUCCCAGGGACCCCGCAGGGUCAUCCCUUCCCGGGACCCGGCGUUGGGCCAUCCCUUCCCCAGGGACCCCGAGGGUCAUCCCUUCUCGGGCCCGAGGUCUCCUUCCAGGGACCCCUAUCCCUUCCCCAGGGGACCUGAGGGUCAUCCCUUCCCAGGGACCCCUGGGUCAUCCCCUUUCCCAGGACCCGCAGGGGUCAUCCCCAGGGGACCUGCGGUCAUCCCUUCCCCGGGACCCGCAGGCGCAUCCCUUCCCCGGGACCCCAAGGUCAUCCCUUCCCCAGGGACCGCAGGGUCAUCCUUCCCCAGGGACCCUGCAGGGUCAUCCUUUCCCCAGGGACCCGCGAGGGCAUCCCUUCCCAGGGACCCGCGUGUCCUUCAGGGACCUGGGGUCAUCCCUUCCCCGGGACCCGCAGGGUCAUCCCUUCCCCAGGGACCCCGUAGGGUCAUCCCUUCCCAGGGGACCCGCAGCAUCCCUUCCCCGGGACCUGCAGGGUCAUUCCCUUCCCCAGGGACCCUGCGCCAUCCUUCCUGGACCCGAGCGUCAUCCCUUCCCCAGGGAAGCUGUAGGUGUCUGAAGCUUUGA